AUGGCGUUAUCUACGUACUCCAAGGCAGUUGAACUUCUAGAAUUUGAUAUCGUCUAUACCAAGCCAGAAUUCCCUUCUGCCUCACCUUUUUUCAGUACUGGUCCCCUCCACUGGCCUACACUAUUGCUUUCUUCCCCCAAGAUGUCUAGCAAAUUGAUCGUGCUACCCCGCCCUGGAGCAACCCAGUCCAACGACAUAAUACAGCCCAUCCAGGCCCCAUCCGAAGCUGCCUUUGUCGCAACUUUUGGCCAACUGCUACCACCAGCAUCAUAUUUACAGACACCCCACGGUAGAGCAGCCUACUACGAGCUACCAGCCUCAUCUCCAGCACCCUCCGAUAGCUCCAACCCUAUCUCUCGCGUUCUCUUCGUGCACGGAGUCCAAACAUCCGCACUAGGCAUGCAGCCAUUGGCAAGCGCAUUAUCUUCACGUUUCCCACACGCUCAUUGUGUCCUUGUUGACCAGUGGGGCCACGGGCUAACAGACACGCCAAUUGCACCACACGAGCCCGCACUCUUCCAUGCAUUGUUGGAAGAUUUAAUGGUGCAUCUUGGGUGGGAAGAUGCCCACCUUAUCGGGUAUUCGUUUGGCGGGUCAACGACGGCAACUUUUGCAGUCGCGCAUCCUGAGCGUGUCGCGUCUAUGGUUUUGGUCGCACCUGCAGGUCUUCUGUACACUAGUGAGUUUACCGAUGUGCAGCGUAGUUACCUACGCGGCGGCGAGGGAUCGGAGGAGCAGGCACGAGCCUGGAUCUUCGAGUUCCUGGAGGGAGGAAAGUUAGUUGUUCCCUCGGAUUGGAAGGAGAGAGUUGGGAGGGGCGAAGUUGUUGCAGAGGCAAUUCGAGAAUGGGAAAUGAAGGAGCACGACGGUCAUUCAGCGAGUGUGGUGGCUAUCAUCAGGGACGGCGGAGUUCUGGAUAAUGAUGCCGAAUUCGCCAAAGCGGCGAAAAGUGGAAUUCCAAAUCUUAGUGUGCUGGGAGAGCUUGAUGGUGCGGUUAGUGUGGAGAAGCUUGAACGUGUUGGGAUGCGAAAUAUUGCCGUGGUGCCACAGGUUGGACAUGGAGUUGUGAGGGAACGGGUGCCAGAGGUUGCUGGCUUGAUCGAGGAUUUCUGGAAGGGACUCUAG